CGAGAUUUAGGAAAUAGUAGUGAAAGGCAAGCUUGAAUUUCAAUCCUAUAUUCUCGCAAGUUUGUUUGCUGAUUAGGAUCUUUAAUCCAAUUAUGCUGAGAGAUAAGAUUUUCAGCUAUCUACCCAUCUAUGAUCCUGGAAGCUGGAAGAAAGUUAUUCCCUCAUCUAUGAUCCUCACUCAGAAUUGCUUGGAUCUUUAAUUAGCUAAUAUUGUUUCAGUUGGGGGAAAGUGCAGAGUGGCAAAAGCUUCACGAGCCCUUAACUGGAAGAUACUUCAUUAAAGGCUGAAAACGUGGUAGGCAAAAGGUUUUGAUUCCUUUCAAACCAAAGCAGCAGGGAUCAUUAGCUUGGAAGAUUGGAGUUUGAAAUUGGAAUUUGGUUCUCGGCUUCUUUCCAAUAUAUCUCACUUGAAAUCAACAUUCAAAAGUUCAGUAAUGGGAAAGAAAUCAAAGAGACACACCUUACGCAGUGAGGGAGACCAAUCAAACUGUAUGUCUGGUUUGAUUAGUAUAUUUGACUUCCGCCAGGAUCGUUCUACUCAAAAGCUGCUUUCAGAUAGAAAAUGUGGGACCGGACAUGCUUCCGCAGGUGGUGGAGAUCUAAAGAGUAGACUUAAUUUGCUAACCAGUUUUGAUGAAAUGAGUCACAGCAGUGAUGUAAGUCUGAAUGGUGACAAAAGAAAAAUACAGAAGGUUGAUGGUGCUAAGACGAGUGUGAAGAAACUCAUGGAAGAAGAGAUGUCAAAUGAGCAGCAACCAAAACACCAAAUUGGAAAUGUUGCAGUGGAAGAGACACAAUCUGAUUCAAAAAAUGGAAGCUACUUGGGAAAGAACCAUAAACAGGCAACCAAGUCCUGCAGUGGAACCUGUGAUAUGCAAGUCCAUGAUUCUAAAGCUUCUGCAAGCUUAAAAUAUCAACUACCUCAUGAUCUUCCAAAUUCAGAGGAGCAAUCUUCAAAUAAAAUCAAUCUGGUUGCAGUAAUGGAAGAGUUCUGCAAUCAGUUCCAUGAUACCCAAGAAGCACAACUGCAGCAUGAGAAUGUAGGAAAGUUUAAUGACGUACAAGGAACUACUAGUUUAGUGAAGCAUACCCAUCUUGAUAAGCUUAAUAUGCAGAUUCAGAAUCCCAAUACUCCAGAAAAACUGAGUGAAGCAACUGAGGCAUUUCUAAAUCAGAAGUUCAUUGAAGCAGAACAGCAGAACAGAGGUCACCAGUCCAAACUAUUCAUGGAUGCUUUAGAGAUGUUGAACUCAAACAAGGAACUGUUUUUGAAACUCCUACAGGAUCCAAACUCUGUGUUGAUGAAACAUAUCGAAGAUCUACGGGAUGCUCAAGCAGCGGUUGGAUGGACUAAGCUAUUGCCAGAAGACAAGAUGGCUAACUCCAAGGAAUGUGAGAAGCUCGUCAGUGAGAAAAAGUUACAAAAGCAAACUGUGCAUUCUUUUUUCAGGAGAAAGAUUAAAUCUCAGAAAAUAAAGCCGUCAAAGGGAAGCGGCAAACCUCAGGCCUUGAAUGAUAUAGUCUUGUUGAAGCCCAGACCAGAAGAGAAGCAAAAUUCUGGAACUGAAACCAGUCCUAGCUUAAGAACUGAAGAACCAAGGGUGAGAAACACCUCCCAUUUUUCUUUCGCAGAAAUUGGAAAGAAGCUGAAACAUGCCAUGGGUGAAAAUAGAAAGGAGCAGCGUUGGCCUCCUACAUUACACAGAAUACCUUACAAGCACCCAUCAGAAGCUGUUAAAGAGAUUAAUGAAGAGGUCACUGAAAGGGGUUCACCUAGAGAAAGCAAUUUCCAUAUUGGAAGAAUGACCGAUCCUUCUAUCAAUGUCAAGGGAAGAGACAAGGCAAGUCAGUCAAAAGACCUUGAGCCAAGUCAGUUGAAGGACCAUGAACCAAUCACUGGACAUGAAGAUGCUCCAACCAGUGUUGAUGGCCAAAACAUCACCAUGAAAAAUGUUGAAAAUUUCAAACAAACUGAAUCUAAUAUCUACAUUGAGGCUAUAAAACAUCUAUCUGAUAUUGUCAGCACUGGAAAGGAAGAUAUCGAUUUGUCGAGUAGACAGAUCCCAAAGACCUUGGGGGGGAUACUUUCACUGCCUGAAUACAAUUUGUCGCCUAUAUUCAGUCCGGGAAGGGACAAGGAACAUGACUCCGUAACUGCAGAAAUGAGAGUUCAGCCUCAUGACAAUGUCCAGAUGAUCAAUGAGAAUGUGUUGCAGCUUAAAGAAGACAAUGGUUCCGGUAUUCUAAUCCCACUGAGGCAGAAUAUAGAGACUCCACCAUGCAAUAUUGACCAUAAAGCUGAUAGCAAACUGCAAGUCCCCGACUCAAAUUCAAAUAUCUCACAAAACUUUUCUCCUGAUAGCAAAAUACAGGAAAGCACUUGUUCUGCCAAGGAGUUCAGUCCAGAAGCUGACAUAAAUACUGUUGAAAUAACAAACAUCGAGCACCCCGAAGAGUAUAUCCCCUUGGAAAAGUGCCCCGAGCCAGAUUGUAUUACAGCUCUCGACACAACCAACCAAAGCACAGAUAAAACCAAAAUUUUUGAGGAAGAAGAAACUUCUGAAUGCUUGAGUCUGGACUCACCUGAAGAGAAUCAGUCAUCAUCUUCAUCUUCAGGUCCCUCCUCACCAAGCUCUGUAAUUAUCCAGAAAGUUGUAGAUCAAGAGGGCAUAACUGACAAACCCGAACAGCCAAGUCCAGUGUCUGUUCUUGAGCCAUUCAUCCAAGAAGAUGCUACCAGCCCUGGCAGCACUAUAUCCCAUCCAGCUGAGCCACCAAUUCAACCACUACAGAUUCAUCUUGUAGAAUAUGACUCUUCAGCCUUGGUGUCAGAAAGUCCAGAUCCAGAAAUCUAUGUAAGUUGUAUGGAGGACAAACAGUCCACCUUUGAAUAUGUAAGGGCAGUACUGAGAAUCUCUGGCUUCAACAGCUGGGAUGAAUUCCUUGGGAGGUCGGAAUAUACAGACCAGCUCCUUGACCCUUCUAUGUUUGAUGAAAUGGAGGUUUUGUCUGGUCAACUUUGUAGUGAUCAGAAGCAGCUCUUUGAUUGCAUCAAUGAAGUUCUUGUGGAGGUCUAUGAUCGUUAUUUUUCUUGCUCCCCUUGGGUAUCAUUUGGGAAACCAAACAUCAGGCCAGUCCCAGUAGGGAAAAAUCUCAUCCGAGAGGUAUGGGAAGGCAUUGAUUGUCAUCUUCUUCCGCAAAAUCAACAAUUAGCAGUGGGCCGGAUUUUAGAGAAGGACAUGGCAAAAGCAGGAAAGUGGAUGGACCUGAGAUUUGAUUUUGAGCUUAUUAGUAAUGAAUUGGGGGAUAUCAUCCUGGAAGAGUUGACUGAAGAAACAAUAAAUGAACUGUGUACAUGAAGUUGUGAUACUACCCUAUAGAUUUUCCAGAUUUCAGGCAGGUUGGGAAAAGAAAAUAAUGAUAGUGGCAGCUUCUGAAACAGGCAGGUUUUGGGUUCUGUCAAAUAGCACCUGUAGCCAAUGGCUAAAGCUAUGGAUGUACAGAACUACAUCAAGACAAGAGGCUAAAACAUUGAAGGAAA